AUGGUGGCAGCCGUGCAGAAGGAGAUGACCAGCUUUCCCGCUGCACGGGGAGUGCAGGAACAUGGCUGUGCCAUCAUCCGAAACUUAGCAUGCUCGGAUGAGUGGUUGGACUACAUCGAGAAGAUUGAUGGUCCAACAUUGGUGAUCUCGGCUCUUCAUCGCUUUAAGUUGGCAGCUUCAGUUCAGGAGCAAGGCUUGGGUGUGCUCAGUAACCUCGCCAGCAGGGCAAAGCUCAGAGAGAGGCUCUCGAGCCAAGCUGCGCUGUCCUUGGUUCAAUCCGCGCUGUUUGAACAUGCAGAUAAACCCGGUGUUUGCACACAAGCGUGUGCUGCACUUUGGAACCUCGUGGCGGAUCACCAAGAAAAUCAGGCGGCCGCCGAUGAGCUGAGCAUUUCGCAGAAGGUUUGCGAGGUCAUGGAAACUCAUUCAGCUGACGAAGAGCUCCUGGAAAAUGCCUACGGCGCGAUCAGUAACCUCGCCUCCUUCAACCAGAACAACAAGCAGGCGGUCAUCGAUGUGAAUGGGCUGGACAGUAUUUGCCGCGGCAUGCAAGGUCACCUCACCGUCACCGCCGUUCAACGGCAGGGCUGUGCCGCGCUUUGGAGUUUGAGCGCCAACAGCGAAGCGGCACAGAUUGCAGCGUUUGAAGCCAAUGCCAUUGCUGCUGUGUGUCAAGCGAUGACAUCGGAGCUUAUGGACCCAAGCCUUCAGCAAUGUGGCUGCGGGCUUUUGCGGAACCUCACCGUCAGCAACGACGAUUACAAGGUCCGUGCGGUGCGGCUGGGCUCGGCCGAACGCGUGUGUGAAGCGCUUGCACGUCAUGAUGAUGUGCGCGUGCAAAGGCAGGCAUGCGCUGUCUUGUUCAAUUUGGCAUCAGUGGGCUUGGAGGAGUGCCACCAAGAGCUCCUGGACGCCGAUGCCGUCAGCCGCCUCUGCACAGCGAUUGCCAGCCGCAUCAAGGACGUCUCGGUGGUGGAGCCUGCCUGUGGCGCUCUACGACUGCUGGCAGCGGGUGCCAAGGAUGGGAAGCCAGGUGCGGCGAAGCACAUGUUGGAGGAAGAGAUGGUGCAACAUGUGAUUCAGGCCUCCUUCGCCAACCCGGACGUGAACUUGGUGCAACGCCAGUGUUUGGAAGCUCUUCGCCAUGCGUGCUCUUGGGAGUCGGGCGCUGCCACCGUGGAGGCCCAUCGUGGUGCUUUGGCCACCUGCCGGGCCAUGAGCAGGCAUUGGCAAGAUGCACUCAUCCAGGAACGUGGCUGUGGGAUCUUCCAAGGCCUCGCCCAAGGAGCCCGCAAGGGUUGGAGCUCCCUCCUGGCAGCUGGAGGGUUGAAGCAGGUUUGCCAGGCCAUGAGGCAAUUUCGCACGGUGCGAAGCUUGCAGAUGGCUGCUUUCGAGGCUUUGCUCGCUCUGCCAAGUGAAGCCGCAAAGGAGGUCGAGGCGGCUGGCUGCCACCAGGAACUUUUGGCUUCAAUGUCGGCCUAUGGCAGUGAUUUGCAGUUGCUGGUCAAAGGAUGCGGUGCGGUGAGACUACUGGCAUCUGGUUCGGUGGCACUCCAGGAGGCACGACAACCUUUGAUGAGAUACAUCCAGGAGUUUCCAGAUGAGGUUCCCUUGCUGGUCGCUAGCAGCAAUGCCUUGGCGGAGAUCAGCAUGCAUGAAGGGUUGCACGUCCUUGAUCGAUCCUUUGUUCAAGGCAUCUCCAACUUUCUGGUGGCGCAUAAGAAAGAUGCCCAAGCACAGGCCGCCGGAAUGAACGGCUUCCGCGCCAUGGCCACCGUGGGUGCUUCGAGCCUGGAAGCGGCGCUGGAGGCGCGGUGCAUCGAACGGGCACGCAUGGCUUUGCUGGAUCACAAGGACCACGAGGAGGUGCAAUCGAGAGGACUGGAUCUCCUGCAGAGAGUUGCAGCUUACAACACCAAUAUGCGUGACCUCAUCAUCGAAGCAGGCUUGUACCCCAUCGUCUUCGAUGCGCAGGAGACCUGCAAAGCCAGCGCGGAGGUUUGCCGCCAAAGCAUCCGUGCUGCUGGGACCCUCUUGGGCUUUGUCACGGCCAAGCCCAGCCAACAGGAAGAGCGCAAGAUGCAAAGCGCCAAAUCCAAAACAGCCCAGGCUGCCAGCCAGCAGAGAAGUGGAGCGCUGGCCUUUGGAAAGCUGAUCAAAGAGACGGAUCUGGUGGAAUUCGCCAUACGCGUGGAAAAGCUCAUGCAGCACCACAAGCACAGUAGCCUCUUCCUGCAAGAUGCUUGUCUCGUGUUACGCUCCCUGGCUGAAUCCUCUGAUGACGGAUUGAAGGCUGUGCAGUCCGCUGGAGUCCUUCAAACGCUGAUGGCCUCGUUGCAGAAGCAUAAACGUUCCGAGGCGGUGAAUUUCCAUGGCUUUCGAGUGCUGUGGGGCCUUCUGUCCAGUUCCACGUCCCGACGCGAAGCGUUGGAGGCCGGAGUUGUGGAGUGGAGCACUGCGGCCUUGGCCCGCUUCAUGGAUUGCCCUGCCGUGCAGAGUGCCCUGCUGUUGGUCGUGAACCGCUUGUGUUUGAAGAAUCCAGAUGUCAAGGUUGCCUACGUGAAGGCGAAGAUUUUGCCACUGAUCUGGCAGAUCCUGGAGACCGAGAAUCUCUUCCUUCGUGGCCGCUCCUUGGCGGUCCUGGCCACCCUGGCGAGCAACUGUUUUUCGGUGACGGAGGAGAUGAUGCAGAUGGGCGCUUUAGAAUUGGCGGUGGACAUGCUGCAGUCACAUACAGAGAAUGCACAAAUCCAAGGUCGCUCCAUACAGAUGCUUUGGGGUUUCAUGCAGGUCAGUCGUGAUCCACAAGUAGAGGAGAUCUAUACGGAAGAGAUGUUGGACGUUGUGUUGACCUCCAUCCAAUCGCAUGCGACGAAGGAACAGUUGCAAAGCUUCGCCUUGGGCUUUCUGUGGACCUUCACCUCUUCUUCACUUCGGAAGAGAUGGCUCUUGGCACGCAAGGGCGUGGCGACGGUGUGCACGAGCUUGGAGGCAUUUCCACAUAGCUCCAUGGUACAGAGGCAUGGCCUGGAGGUGCUUCGGAGCAUGUCCACCUCGGACGGGAGGAAGUGGGUGCUCUCGGAUGGGCCCAGCGUGGAAGCGGUGACCGGUGCGCUGAAGCUUCUGCGGCACGACGCGGAGGUGAUGGCCGCCGCGCUGGGGCUUUUGGGGAACUUGGCCUGUGGCAACGUGGAAUUCAAGCGACGAGUCUUCAAAGAAGGCCUUUGCAACCAAGUUCUCGUGGUGAUGGAAGAGCAUGCCAGGGAUGUGGCGGUUCAGGUCUUGGGCACCUGGGCCUUGGGUGUCUUCGUGGGCCUCAGCCAGAAACGCGCACGGGAACUCUUCGAGCUGGGCGGCAAGGACCGGGUCUUCGCGGCCAUGGCCGAGCACGCGCUGAACGACAGCAUCCGGGCCUAUGGCCCACUUUUGGUUCGGCGCCUGGAACUGGUGCAGGAGAUGACGGUGAACGCGGCCAACAUGGAGGAUCAGGAGUUGGAAGCUGAGGAGUUGGAUGUCGCACCCAGCCACUCCCAGCCAUCGGGCUCUGUGACUCACCGAUCGAACUCUGAAGGGGGCUAA